AGGUUGGUCACGUGACUCUGUAAGUCUUCCACUUUCUGUGUUCAGUUUUGUGCGGCACCAAUCUUCAUUUUAGAUCAACUGACUACUAAGGAUGUUUUUGUUUUCUUUCACAACGAUAGUGAAGAAACUCUUCUCGUAAAAGACAGAGAGGAAGCGAAAAGAGGAAGAGGAAGGACAAGCGGACAGAGAUGUGAUGGACGUGACAGAUGAGAACUGUAGUCCAGUCAUCGUCACGAAUGGUGAUUAUCCGGUACGGUGCACUGAGGAAGUACUUCUCCAUUUCUUCACAGAUGAGAGUCUGCAGGCCGCCAUGGACUCACAACACACUCCCGCCUCCUGCAGCGCCCCCCCGGCUCUCCCAGAGCUUAGACUGGUCCUCCUGGGCAGGAAAGGAGCAGGGAAGAGCGCAGCAGGCAACACCAUCCUGGGAGGAGUAGGGGGCUUCGAGAGCGGGAAGCCCACGGAGGAGUGUGUGAAAAGGCGAGCUGAUGUGGCAGGGAGGAAAGUCACAGUGGUAGACACCCCAGGGUGGGAGUGGUACUACCCGCUCAACAGCACCCCCAACUGGGUGAGGAGGGAGACUUUACGGAGUGUGUCACUUUGCCCUUCUGGACCCCACGCUGUGCUGCUUGUGGUGCGAUCCUGCGCCUCAGUAACAGAUGACUACAUCAGUGAGAUAGAGGAGCACCUGGAGCCGCUGGGAAAAGCAGUGUGGGAGCACACCAUGUUGCUGUUUACCCGGGGAGACGAGUUAGGCCUGGUGUCAAUGGAGCAACGAAUCCUGACGAGCGGCCCGGCACUCCAUAGGCUCCUCCAAAAGUGCGGCAACAGAUACCAUGUCCUGGAUAACCGGACCAAAGGAGAUGGGACGCAAGUUAAAGAGCUGAUAAGGAAGCUGGAGGAGAUGGUGGAGGGGAAGAAGGAUGGGAGCAGUCAUUUAGAGAUGGAUAAUACGGUCCUGGUGGGUCUGGAAGCAGACGGGAAGCGGAGAGCAAGGGAAAGGAGGAAGAAACAGAGGCAGAUGGAGACGCAGAUGCAGAGAGGGACCAUCAAAGCUGCUCUAAUGAGCGAUGGUCUUCAGGGUUCAGAGCUAGACGCCCGCCAGUCGUUCUCCAAGGUUCCCCGACGUCUAACUGAGGUCAGGCUGGUUCUCCUGGGCGAGCGUGAAACAGGAAAGAGCUCUGCCGGGAACACCAUCCUGGGCAAAAUGGGCUCCUUUCAGGCCGGGGCAGUGACAGAGGAGUGCGUCUGUCAGCAAGCGGAGGUGGCCAUGCGGCUGGUGACGGUGGUGGACACUCCCGGCUGGGAGGGAGGUGUGGCGGGGGCCACACCUGAGAGGGUGAAGAGGGAGAUUGUCAGCAGCGUGGCCUUGUGUCCUCCAGGGCCCCACGCGCUCCUGCUGAGUCUGAGGGUGGAUACACUGGUGAGGGCAGCACAUGUGAGGGAACAUCUGGAGCUUCUGGGCGAGGGUGUAUGGAGACACACCAUAUUGCUGUUCACCCACGGGGAUCAGCUUCGGGAGGGGGUGGAUAUCGAGCAGCACAUCCAGGGUGGGGGCAGGGAUCUCCAGUGGCUGCUGGAGAAGUGCAGGGGCAGGUACCACGUCGUCAGCAGCCUAGAUGGAGGAGGAAGUGAAGGCUCCAUUAAGGUGACGGAGCUCCUGCAGAAGGUAGAAAAGAUGGCGGCGGUGAACAGGUGUGAGGCUUUCUCUGGCCUAGUUCAGGAGGUCAUAGAUCUGAGCCGGCACAGGAACGAGAAGUUCAACCAGCGGCUGAAGGACAUGGGAGAUAAAAUGCUUCGCCAGGAGGAUGAGUUGAAAAAUAUUAGAGACAGGGAGAUGAAAAGAAUCAGGUGGUUUUUUGACAGGAAGAAGAAGGGGAAAUCGCCCGGAAAAGCCGAUUUUCAAAGGGAAGAAGAGGAGGAAGAGAACAGGAGGAUGGGCGAAAGGAAGAAUGAUGGGGAAGUUGAGGGGGAGCUGGAGGAGAGGAUGCGAUGGCUGACAGAGGAUAAAGAGAGAGAAAUUCAGGAUCUGAGCAUAGAAAAUGAGAGAAUCCACGUGGCGCUAACUCAGAGCAGACGGGAAAGGGACGAGGCGAUGCUCAGGCUGGAGCUAAAAGAGAGAGAGAUGGAGGAGCUGAAAGAAAGAAUUGACGAGCAGCAACUGAAGCUGCUGGACCUUGAGCGUGCCGGUGUAGCAAAUGAACAUGAGAGAAAACAGAGGGAGGAUACCAUCAAAGCAAAGAAGCAAGAGUGGUUGAGUGAGGUUAAGAAAUUGGAAGACAACAUAGAGCUGCAGAAGAAAGAGAAAGCAGAGUGGAUGGAAAAAGUUAAUUCUUUAAAAGCAGAAAUGGACGAGACUAAAAGACAUAUUGAUGAUAUGCUUGAGAGAAAAGAACAAGAAAGAAACAGGGAGAUGGCAGAGAUGGAAGAAAAACUUAAAGAGAUGGAAGUCAAACUGCUUGAAAAAGACAAAGAGCUGGAAAAAACUAGGAAGAAAGCCUCAGAGGAAAAGCAGAUAGCUCACGCUAUCAUAAAACAAUGUGAAGAAGAUACAGAAAGGAAAGUUGAAGAAAUGAAAUCACAACAUAGGAAAGAGAUGCAUGAGAAAGAGGCAGAGAUACAAGGCAUACAACUGCAGCAUCAGGAAGAGAUGGCCAGAAAAAUCAGAGAAAUAGAAAAAAUGAUGGAGACAAUGAAAGUUCAACACCAAGAAGAAAUUGAUCAAAAGUUUAAAGACAAUGCAGAAGAUAUGGAAAGAGUCAAAUGGCAGCAUGACAAUGAAAUAAAGGAAACACAGCAAGAAAAACAAAGAAAGAUUGCAGAGCUGAAAGAGCAGUUUGCAAAAGAAACAGAGGAACAAAUGCAAGUAAAAAAGAGAGAGAUAGCAGAGUUAGUGCAGAGGUUUGUCGCCCAAACAGAAGGAAAAAUGCUGGAAAAUGAAAAAGAGAAGGAAACAAUUCAUCUUACCUACAAAAAAGACAUAGCACAGAAGAUGCGAGAGAAAGAAAAAGAGGUAGAAGUGUUAAAACUGCAGCAUCAGGAAGAAAUGGCAAGAAAAAUUAAUGAAAUGGAAAAACUAAUGGAGACGAGGAGAGCGGAACACAAGGAGGAAAUAGACAGAAAAGUGAAAGCGAAAGAGGAAGCUGUGGAAAGAGUCCAGCAGCAGUACAGUGAUAAAAUAAGGGACUCGGAGCACCAAACACAACGGCAGAUUAAAGAGCUGAAACAACAGUUUGCAGAAGAAAUUGAGAAACAAUUGCAGGAAAGACAAAGACAGAUAAGAGAGUUGGAGCAAAAGCACACCACCCAAACAGAGGAAACAGCGCUAGAAAAUGAAAAACAGCAGAAAGUGAUGAAUGAAAACCAUGAAAAAUACAUUUUGCAACAAAUGCAAGAGAGACACCGACUAAUCGAGGAGUUAAAACAUCAGCACAUUAAUGAAAUCAAAGAAACAAUGCAAGAAAGUGACAAAGAAAAGGAAAGACUUGUUAUGAAUCUCAAGAAAGAGAUGGAGCAAAGACUGCAGGAAAAGGAAAAAGAGAUAGAUGAGAUCAAAGUAAAUGUGAAAGAAAUGAAGGAACAGCUGCAACAAAAGGAAGAGAAAGAACUAGAUAAUUUAAAUUACAAGCAAGAAAUGGAGCAAAGACUGAGAGAAAAAGAAAAAGAAAUUGAGGGGAUGAAGCUCAAUGUCAAAGAAAUGAAUGAAAAGCUGCAACAAAAUGAAGAGAAAGAAAUUGAUCAUUUAAAGGACAAGAAAGGCAUGGAGCAAAGACUGGAGGAAAGACAAAGAGAAACAGACGUGAUAAAAGAACAUUUAAAUGAACUUUUAAACCACAAGAAACAGAUGGAGCAAAAACUCCAAGAAAAAGAAAGAAUGAUAGAAAAAUUGGAUCAGCAUGUAAAGGAUGUUGACGAAAUCCUGCGGAGAAAGGAAGACGAGAGAGGAGAAAUUAUUCUCAAUCAAAAGAAAGAGGCAGAGCAGCGACUGCAAGACAGAGAACGAGAGAUGGAGGAGAUGAAACGGCAGCUUUUAAACGACACGGAGAGAAAACUAAAAGAAAAGGAAACGGAGAUUGAAAGUGUUAAACAACAGGCCGACUCCAGGGAGAUGGGAUGGAGGGAAGAGCAGAGAAAGAAGGACGAGAAAGGAGAAAUCGAGUUGAACCGACUGUUAAAAAUCAUUGACAAUAAAACAAAUGAAAUAGCACAAGCGGAAUGCCUUCUUGCAGAGAGAGACAGUGAGAUUGACGAGGCAAAAAAGACAUGUGCAAACUACUUGAAAGAAAUUGAAGAGCUGAAAGAAAGCAUUAAAAACCAAACAUCCAGUAUCAUCGAUAUACAGCAGCUUCAUGCAGAGCAGGACAGAAAAAAAGAUGCUGAAAUGAUGACAAAACUUCAGGAGAAAGAAGAAGAACUGAAGCAGAGAGAGAGAGAAAACGAGAAAGAGACCAUCCAACUGAGGCUAACAAUCGAGCAGACAAAGUCCGAGCUGAAGGAGCUCAUCAACAAGAUGGACUUGGAGAUGACGAGCAUGAUUCAGAAUUAUGAAAAGGAGAUUACGGGAAAGAACGAGAGCAUGGAAUCCAUGGCAAAGGAGAAGGAGUGCGCUAUAAGUCGUUUGGAGGAAGCCACAGAGAAAUAUGAGGAAAGUCGGAGGAGAGUUGAGGAGCUGCAGGAGCAAAAUGAGAAGCUGAGAAAAGAGACAGACAACCUCAAAAUAAAGUGCGAGGAGCUGAAGACGGAGAGCGAAGAAGAAGUUAGAAAACAUCUCAGGGGAUAUGAACAGCAGGUGAAGAGCAUAGAGGCAGAGAUCCAAGGCAUUCUUAGAGAGAGAGAUGUGAGGGUCGGGGGAUUAAAGGAGGCAAAUGACAAACUACAGGUAGCGAUGGAAAGGAUGAAAGAGAGAGCGGGUGAGGCAGAAAGGCAGAUGAAUGAGAUGAGAGUGCAUGUCCAGAAAGAAAGUGAGUUUAGAACGAAGGUUGAGGAAUUCUUAAAAAGGGAAAAAGAAGUAGAGGAAAGGGAGCAGGAUCUGAAUAGAAACAAAGAAGAGUUGAGCAAACGAGGAUAUGAACUCGAUGCAAAAGAGCAGGAGCUUGUUGAAAAAGAGGUAAAGUUGGAAAGCAAGGAAGAACAACUUAGCAAAUGGGAAGAAAGGCAACAAAAAGAGCAGGAAGAAAAAGAUAAAUGCGAGCAUGAUGUGAGUAUGAGAGUGGAAAAUAUCAAGAAAAAGGAACAGGAGCUAGAGAGCUUGCUAAGAGCUCUGGAAGGCAAACAGAAAGAGCUAAACUAUCACGGUCAAGAUCUUCAGGAGAAGGUAAAAGGGCAGAAAGAUCAUGGGAAGGAGCUGAAAGACAGGGAGUAUUACCUAAGAAAUGAAGAGCAGGAGUUGCUCAACUGGAAGACAGAGUUGCAAAUGCAAAAUGAGCGUGUGAACUCUACAACGCAGCAGUUAGAUGAGAUGGGGAGAGACUUGGCUCUGCUGAAGGAAGAACUUCACAUCAAAGAGAAAAAUUUAAAGGUGUUACUUAAGAAAUUGGGAAAAUGGGAACAGAAUCUUAAAGAACGGGAAGAAGGGUUGCUCAAAAGAGAGAAUGGAGAAUAUGAGGUUGGUUACAAUGUGGGAGUCCAUGAGGGGGAUUCUUUCAAUCUGACAGCUGCAGUUGAGAGCUCAGAAGACGACUUGCAUUUAAUGUUCCGAGAGGUCAGUGAGACAAGGGGAGAAGGAAGAGGAAGAGAGUCAGAUAGAGGAGAAAAGGAUAGGGAGGAUCAGAGGAUGAAAACAGCAUCGUCGGCUGCAGAGAGCAAUAACUGUCACCUUGAAACACUAAAAGAGAUGGAGAUGGCCGAGCAAAAGGAAGAGAUGAGAGGAAGAGGAGAGGAGACGAGGAAGAAAAAACGCAGAGAGGAUCUGGAAAGUGCAAAGGUCAUUCGAGAGUUUGAGUUUUUAUCUGCAAGUCAGGGUCACAGAAGCUCAAACAACAAAGACCUUCCUGGGUCGGGUUUGAGGGUGGUGGUGUUAGGGGAGUCCUGGUCGUCUCGCUCCCCCGCUGGAGUCACCAUCCUGUGUGGACAGGCAUACAAAAACGACGGGUCUACCUUCAGACCCUGGAGAGGUCAAGUAGCCGGACGCCGACUUACAGUCGCAGAACCGCUCGGUCUGAAGUGGCGAGAUGGGCCAGAUCUGACCAACACAACACAAAGGAAAAGCAUUCUCGACGGCAUCUCCUGGUGUCACCCUGGACCUCACGUCGUCCUCCUACUCAUUCCCGCCUUCUUAACCUGCACACAGAAGUACAGGAGAGCAAUAGAGGAGCACAUGAGUUUGUUUGGGGAAGACAUUUGGCAGCGCACGCUGGUGCUGUUCACAUGGGGGGAAAUGUUAGGGGAGAGCGCAGAGCAGCACAUCCUGAGGAACGGGGAGCUAAUGGGGCUCGUAGAGAGAUGUGGGGGCAGGUAUCAUGUGCUUGGCAGCAAAAAAAGUCACUCUUUGAUUGAGAGAUUGUUUGAGAAGAUGGAGGAUAUGGUGACUUUGAAUAGCAGAGAACUGUGACGAGACUAUGAAUUUAUCAUGUAAAAAUAGUGUCUUUCAUCUCACGUGAAUAUUUUUGAAUAAAUUUAGAAAGUGGUGGAAGAAGUAC